AUGAGGAAUAACUUCCCCAACCUCUUAUUUGACAUAGAAGACCAUAUUGGGACCUUAAAACUCAGACAAAUACCUGAAAUCAAUUCCAGAAUUAAGGAACUUGACCUGAGCCAUAAUGAAUUUUGUGGAAAAGGAGGUGAACAUUUGGGUCAGAUGUUAGCAAACAAUGAAGGUCUGGAGGUGCUGGACCUCAGCUGGAAUCAUCUGAGAAUGAAAGGGGCUGUAGCUUUAUCUGCAGGACUCAAAGUGAAUAUGAUGUUAAAACACCUUGACUUAUCAUGGAAUGGUUUUGGAAAUGAAGGCGCCCUGGCCAUGGGAGAGGCCCUAAAAUUCAACAGCACCCUGGUUCACCUCAACCUCAGCAACAACCGGCUCACCAACGAGAGCGUCGGCAUGCUGUGCAGAGGCCUGGAGUACAAUGACACACUCCGAGUCCUGCUGCUGGCGUACAACUCUAUAACAGUAGAGGGAGCACUGGCCUUGGUUACUGUGGUGAAGAACACACCUAGAACUGCCCUGGAGGAGAUAAACAUGAGUAACGUGCUCGUAAAUGAAAACUUUGUGCAUCUGUUGGAGGUGACGUGUCAGGAGCAUCCUGGUCUGGAUGUACAGUAUGGAGGGGUGGGGGGCUUCAUAGCUAAGAAACCGCCGAAACGUGUCGAUCCAAUGAAGAUCAUCCAGGAUUAUCUGGACCAACGUAAACUGCGUCUGUGGGAUUUCUUCAGGAACAUAGACAAAGACGGCACCAUGCGAGUCCCUGUCACCGACUUCAGGAAGGCCGUGCAGCAAUCAAGCAUUCCUUUGGAUCGAUACCAGAUUGAGGAGCUGAUUCAGAGACUUGAUCGUGACAGGACAGGGAUGGUGGACUACAGGGGAUUGGCAGAUACCAGGAAACAGAUGAUGAGGGAUCACCGCCGCCAGCUGAGGAAGGUUGAGUCCCGUCAGAAGAAAGAAAAGCAAAAAAGCGACCGCAUCCUCAAGACGUUCCAGAAGGCCGUGGAGGCGGUGACACCCCACGGCUCCAUAGUCAUAUCUCCAGGUGCUGCCAAGGAGGACUCAAGUGGCCCACAGCAGUUCUCUGCCACCCCCCUCAGCUCCUGGCACCACAUUGUCAUGUCCAACAGCAGUCGUUACUCUGUCACCAACCUGAGCAACGAGCAUGUCCACCUGCCAAUGUUAGGAGGCAGUGCGUCUUACCGUCCAACCACUUCUCUGGCGAUGCGCUCCUACUCCCAGCCCAACCUGCUGGAUGACUCCCCGUGCUCUUCCCCAGGCAAGUCUAUCUCCGCUCAGGGGAUACGCUCUGAUCCAGAAAUGAGCCACAGCAAACUGAGCCCCACCGCUAACCCCCUGACCAGAUCCCGGCCGGCUCUCAACGCCAAGAAGACAGAGGGUAAAGCUAAAACCAAGAAAGUGAAAAAGAAGAAAACAAAGAAGCAGGAGGAGAAGGGCUCAAAGAAUCCUAAUCAAACUGUCAAGUGA